CUCAAUUCCAACCACGACAACAACCUUCCAUCAUGUCGUGGAGAGCAGUCGGCCAGACCGGCGCCAACACCAUUCCUCUCGGACCGCGACGCAAGUUCGGCGAUGAGGAUGGACCCGAAGGCGACACAGAGCCGCCGCGUGAGAUGAAGCGAGGCCGCAGCCCAGAGCCACGCACCAAAACCGUCGAGCUCAACCCGGAUGGCACCAAGAAGCGGCGCAAGAGAAACCGAUGGGGUGAUGCUUCGGACAACAAGGCCGCCGGCUUGAUGAACUUGCCCACGGCCAUCACUGCUGCCAUGACGGCGGAGCAGCUCGAUGCCUAUGUGACGCAUUUGCGCAUUGAGGAGAUUAGCCAGAAGCUGCGCAUCAAUGAUGUCGUGCCAGCUGAUGGUGACAGAUCUCCAUCGCCGCCGCCACAGUACGACAACUUUGGUCGCCGUGUCAACACGCGCGAAUACCGCUACAGAAAGAGACUGGAAGACGAGCGGCACAAGCUGAUUGAAAAGGCGAUGAAGAUCAUCCCCAGCUACCAUCCGCCGUCUGACUAUAGGAGACCCACCAAGACGCAAGAGAAAGUCUACGUGCCGGUCAACGACUACCCGGAGAUUAACUUCAUCGGCCUCCUCAUUGGCCCUCGUGGUAACACGCUCAAGAAGAUGGAGACACAAUCCGGCGCCAAGAUCGCCAUUCGUGGAAAGGGUUCCGUCAAAGAAGGCAAGGGCAAAUCUGAUGCCGCUCACGCCAGUAACCAGGACGAAGACUUGCACUGCUUGAUCAUGGCAGACACGGAAGAGAAGGUCAACAAGGCGAAAGAGCUGAUCCACAAUGUCAUCGAGACUGCUGCCUCCAUACCAGAAGGCCAGAACGAAUUGAAGCGCAAUCAGCUUCGUGAGCUUGCCGCACUCAACGGUACUCUUCGUGACGACGAAAACCAGGCCUGCCAGAACUGCGGCGAGAUUGGCCACAGGAAAUACGAUUGUCCGCAGCAACGCAACUUUACUGCUAAUAUCAUCUGUCGCGUCUGCGGUAAUGCUGGUCACAUGGCUCGCGACUGUCCAGAUCGCCAGCGCGGUAACUUCGGCCGCGAUCUCCCACCGCGCGCUCCACAGAAUGCCAUCGAGGGAGACUACGAGAAGCUCAUGAACGAGAUUGGCGGUGGUGGCGCUCCUGCCUUGGACACUUCUGUACCCCAGCGCCAAAUUGGAUACGAAGCUGGCGCUGCUGACGCUAACGGCGGAGCUCGUCCAGCUGCGCCAUGGCAACGUGGUCCGACUGGUGCUGCUGCUCCAUGGCAGCAACCGCGCCAGGGCGGAGGCGGUCCUGCACCUUGGGAGAACCGUGGUGGCAACGACGGCGGAUAUGGCAAUGGCGGAGGCUAUGGAGGCCCGACUGGUGCUCCUGCGCCUUGGGCCAACAGGGGCGGAGGUGCUCACAGCGGCGGCGGCGGAGGUGCUCACAGCGGCGGCGGCGGCGGCGGCGCAGCUCCUUGGCAACAGCCCCCAUCGCAGCCAGCCCCAUGGCAGCAACCACAGCAGGCUCCUUGGCAACAGCCAUCUGGUGGCUACGAUGCCGUGCCACCUCCACCGCCUGCUGAUCUCCCACCACCUCCUCCGCCGAGCGAUGUUCCACCACCGCCACCUCCAGCUUAGGUGUCCUUCUGGCGAGCUCGUAUACCUGUAGCAUGUGUAGUAGCAGUACAUGUGCGCGCGCGCGACGGAUCAAUGAGAAUAGCUUAGACAGGUAUGUGCUUGCCGUGGAGGUGUAAAACUUUUCUGUCUCACUCUAGCAUACCAAAAUCAGUUGUUUUAGUAGCUUCAAAAAAAAAUGACCCGCC